AUGAGUUCCCAAAAUAGCUUUGUCAAUGCUUCACCAAGCUUCAACUCCGCCAGCGCAAGCACAACGUCAACCUCUACGGUCCGAUCACGCCCUCGCCGCUUAGUCUCAUUCAUGGACGACGAAGAUGACAGCAAUAAUAAUACGAAUUGCUCCUACCAGAAUGACUCCCAGCCAUUCUCCUCUGCAUUUUCAACGACUCUUGCACCCUCCGAUGGUGGCACGACCCGAUCUCGUGGAGCGACCCCCUCGCCAUUGUCAUCCCGGGGGGCCUCCCCACUGCCGAUGAAACACCCAUCGCGCGCAACCGAAUCGAUCAAUCGUGGCUCUCGCAACGAGACAACUUCAUUUGCUUGGAACGGGUCAUCAAAGGCUUCAUCAUCGCGUGGUACUGCCGACUUUCUUGACUCAUCAUGGUCUUCUCUCCAGAGUCUGGCAUCCUCGGUGCUUGGGAACGAUACUGGACGAUCCACCCCAAAUAAUACGACCAAAUCACACACUAGAAAGCCAUCUCGCUCGGACGUAUGUAUCAAAAGUAACCCUCGGUCGGGACUUUCAACGUGGGGGCCAUCAGCGCCGAAUUCGCCGCAGGUUGGAACCGGGACGAAGGAGGAACGACAAGCUUUGGUGCAGGCUAAAAAGAGAGAGGCGUUGCUCCUAGCUGAAAGUGACCCGAUCACAAGUCGCACAUUUACUCACAAACGACGCGACUCUGGCGAUACUUCGCACCAAGCCCUGGAUCCGGAACACGACGAAGAUGCCCUGGCCUACAUCCACAGAGUACAAGCAACAGAUACCAUCACCGGUGUGACAAUUAAAUAUGGUUGCCAGGCUGCGGUUUUCCGAAAGGCGAAUGGCUUCUGGCCUAACGAUAAUAUCCAGAGUCGGAACACUGUCCUUCUCCCGGUCGAUGCAUGCUCCGUGAAAGGCCGGCCUGCCUCAACGAAGCCCGUGGAUCUCUUGGGGCCUGAUCCUGAAGAUCCCAAUGACAGCUCUAUUGCCCCUCCGGCUACCUCUACCGAUAACCCCUCUGCAGAAGAUUCCCCUGCAACUACUUCUGAAACGGAUGACAACCAGAUUUGGAAACAUGAGAAAUGGGUGUACAUGGAUGGGUUUCCGGACCAAGUACAAAUUGGUCGGGUCCCUCGAAGGGCUUUAGGAUUCUUUCCGCGCACCCGGCGAAAAUCAGUAUCUUACACCGACGCUGAACCAUUUGGCUCUUACCGCGAGACCAUCACACCUCCUUCUCCCACCGGAUCGCCGCCACCACCUUUAUCAUUGGGUGUAUUCCCACGCACUCGACCCAGUGGCGAUCAAGCUAAACCCAGGGCCGCGCGUCCUACUCGCCUUGGACACCGCCGUCAACGCAGUAGUCUGCAUCUGUCUGGGACUGGAGUAGGAACCCUUGAUCCGACCUCUACUGGACCAGGGCCCACAUUGGAUGGAUUCACCAACUCCGCCCCCCCGGAAAACACUCGGAAAGCUUCUUUCGGGUCUGUGUCCAGCGCCACAUCCCAUGCAUCGACUGGCCUCGAGAACAUCGGCGGUGCGUUCGAGGGAUGGAUUCGCAAUGUAGCAACGCGGGCCAAGGCUGGCAUCAAUGAACUGCAGCAAGGAACCCCCAACCAGCAGGGCCCAAAUCGGGGUCGCAAUAAGUGGCGGAUGGACGAUCUAAUCGAGUUGGACGAUGGGAUGAUAGAUGGUCGAAACUCCCCCAGCCCUUUCAAGGGCACAUCCCGCAGGUCUGAGCAGCAGGGCACAUCCUCUUCAGCCUCAUCCGUCCGAUUCAACAGCCCCUCUGUAGCCGCAGCGAGCAGGUCUCGUGCGACUGGAUUCGCGGCAGGCUCAGGUUCCGCACAUGAGCGGGCGAAGGACGAUUAA